GCCGGUUGCGUAUCUAUGGUUUAAACUCUGGAUCAAUGAUUCCAGGUUUAAAUCACCGUUUAUGCGUUGCACGCAGGUAAGGAUCAGGUGAGUACGGCUCAGAAUUACGGAAAAUUCUGAACCUACUAUAGGGGUGGUUUAAACCCUGCUUCGUAUUUUUGUUCGGAGUGAUGGCGGAGUAUUUGGAAGAAGUUGAGAGGUUUGAUCUUGUAGAUAGAUUGAUUAGGAGAGAACAAAUUGUUAGAGAUAGACUUAAUCCUAUGACUUAUUACAACGACGCUGAUUUUAUUGAUAGAUUUCGUCUUAGCAAAGAGGCCGUUUUGUCUAUUCUAGAUGAUGUUAAUGUUGAUUUGGAAGGUGGAAUUUUGCACACUUCAUCCAUCUCCCCAUUAAAUCAACUUCUUAUAACGUUGAGGUAUUAUGCCACUGGCAAUAUGCUAUCAGUAAGCGGUGAUUUGUUUGGGGUGCAUAAAUGCACCGUUUCAAGAAUCAUUAAGAAAGUUUCCUGUGCAAUUGCUUCUUUGUACAACACACAUAUAAAAUUCCCCUCUGGAAAUAGAAUUUUGGAUGUACAAAGAGCAUUUAUGCAACAAAGUAACAUUCCCGGUAUUGUGGGAUUGAUAGAUUGUACUCACAUCCCCAUUAUUUCUCCUGGAGGAGAUAAUGCCGAACUUUUCAGAAACAGAAAAGGAUAUUUCUCUAUUAACGUACAGGCAAUCUGUGACCACGAACUCAAGCUAACUAAUGUUGUGGUACGUUGGCCCGGCAGUACACAUGACAGCAGAAUUUUUGAUAAUUCUAACAUUUGUGCAAAAUUUGAACGUGGAGAAAUUAAUGGAAUUUUGCUCGGUGACAAUGGUUAUCCCCUGCGUCAUUAUCUCAUAACUCCAGUUCUGACCCCAAACUCCAGAGAGGAGAGAAGAUUUAAUUUUGCUGUAUGCAAUGCUCGUGUAAAAAUUGAAAAUGUGUUUGGAAUAAUGAAAAGACGAUUCCCUUGUUUGCGACAACAACUUAGAUUAAAGCUUCAAUCAAAUCUAACAGUGAUUACUGCCUGUUGUGUGUUAUAUAAUAUUGCGAGGGAGCUCUCAAUUCCUCUACCACAUGAAGAUGAACUGCAGGAGGAUGACCAGGUUCCUGUACCUGUCCUACAGAAUCGCCACCAAGGAGGCAGGGCCCUACGUUCACUUCUGAUUCGUAAUUUCAGAUAAGAUCUUAAAUUUGUAAAUUCGCAUCUUAGCGGCAUGUUCUUCUUCUGCCAUCUCCAAGAGCCUGCCUUUAACCUGCUCUUGUUUACCCUGGGGCCUUUUCUUCUUAACUACCGAUGCUGCUG